CCCCUCACCAGCACAGAUCAACCCGUCACAGCACCAGCGGACGCCCACCCCAUCAGCCCUCAGCACGCCGGGAGAUUGAAACUCACUGUGGACGAUCCGACAGGGUCGGCAAACGCUCCUGCGCCUGUCCCGGCACCGUCGGCGACCACCACAACCACGACAUUGUUCGGCGCAAGAGUACUGAGCCCUCGGCGACCGCGGUGUAGGAGCCACCUCUCAGGAUGAAUGCGGCAAAUGUCCCCGCGACCGUGAGGAUAUCCGGCCCACCAAACAGCAGUUUUCUGGUGGGCUACCCCGGCAUCUCUGCGACCCUGCCCAGGAUCGUAGGGAAAGUCGAAAUUCGCCCCGGCGCGGGAUUCUCGGCCCCGGUGAACAUCUCCAUGGUGCGCAUUUGUCUUCAACGACGAGAGACGAUACACCCAGCAGCCGAAAAUGUUGCGAGACGGCAUCUCGGGACGCCGCGACGCGAAACGGUAGACCUGGUUGGAAAGGAGGUGCUUCUAUUCCGCUGCAUGUCAGGAAAGGAAGCCGAGAGUGUGAUCGCGAUGGAUCUACCGUUUCAGAUAUUCAUCCCCUUCGGGCGCAGCGGCGAGGAGACAAACCGCCGAAUCCCGCCAGCGAGCCUUCAACUGCCAAGUCGAAUCGCCGAGACAUACUACGAGCUGGUCGUAACAGUCCAGCAGGGGUCCAGCAUGCAGAAUCGCUAUUCCUUCCCCAUCCCGCUCCAGCGAUACGACACACUUUCCACGUUCGGCAUGUACAAUCGGCCAGAGACGAGGGCGGCAACGGCAGACCAUAUCGUGACGCUGGGCAUCUCGCUCCCCAAAUGGAGUUACGGACCUCUGGACCCCAUCACGGUUUAUGUCAAGCUCUCGCCAAAUCCGGACUAUCUCAACAAGGCGAGAAGGGUUACGAUACAAAAGCUGACACUCACUAUUGAAGAAGAGAUCACGUUCAACCCCGAAGGGGACGAGCCAACCAAGAAGGUCAACAAGAUCGCCAAACACACACAGCCCGUGGGUACCAAAUUGCCAGAAAACGGAUACAUGACAAACCUAGGACUCGUACUCCCCGCCCGCGAUCUAAGGGACCCUGAUGGGAUCAUAAGACGGGGCAAGCCGGCGUUUCCCAUGUACGAGGUGACGAGCUUUACGACAACAUCCACAUUGUACAAAAUAGAAUUCUUCCUGAGCAUCAAGGCGCAUAUGACCUCUGCCAGGGAUAUCACACUACGCCAGCCGAUCGUGGUAUGCCCGAUGGAUCAGCAGGCAUGCAAGGAGGAAAUGGACGCCAUCGAGCAAGCGGCAAAGGACGCGUCGCAUGUCGACCCCAAUAACCCCAUUCUACCGGACCGGACGAUCAUCCUAGCCACAGAAAAAGAGGCGAUACGGCAUCUUGGGCUGUGCGAGGUGGGAGGCGUGAAGAAAAUGCUGAUUGAGUGACAACCGCGAGCUGCCUCAACAGUAGUCGGAUGCACGUGGGACCGCCGAGACACCAAAUGUUGUCGACCCAAUGGCUGGUGCGCAGCAUAAGCCUCCGCGAGUACGACCAUGUCGCGAAGCAUUUCCCUUGACCAAUGCUUGGACGGGACAG